AGACGCACCCGCGCCGCGUCCUUGUUCCCCGGGAGCAGCCUCCCUCCAGCCGCCGGUCCUGGGAGCUUCACCGUCCAAACGGGAGCUGAGUUUGCAAGCGGCCAGGCGGCGGUGCGGCUGGUGCUGCUGCUGAUGUCAGAGCCAGAAAGCAGUUGUGAUUGGAUCUAAUUAGACGCUGCUGCAGCAAAUAGACAAGCUCCCUGCGUGAUUGGCUUCAAAGUGGCUGGUGCCAAACAACUAGCAGAGGCGCAAAAGUAGCCUCCCUGCGCUGGGAGCCCAGAGCAGGAGGCAGAGCCCGCGGGAAGCUCGGAGCACUCAGGACGCCGCGCGCCCUUCCCCGCCCUCCCUGACCAGGGAGCAGCUCGCUCCAGGCGCCCAGCCGAGGCCCCCAGCCCAGUGAGAGCAAGUCAUAGAGAACAAUUCGAGAGACAGAGAGAGACGGAGCGCGCUUUCCUGCUCAGUCCUGAAAAGUGAGCCGCUCCCGGGUUUGCAACCUCAAGCUUCGCAGCAGCGGCGGCGGCGGCGGCGGCUGCCGGGAAGGAGGCAGGUGCAGGUGCAGGAGGGAGGCGGCUCUGGGCUCCGCGCCUGGGUCUCGACCAUGGCCUCGGUCCUGGGGAGCGGCAGAGGGUCUGGAGGGCUGAACAGUCAACUCAAAUGCAAGUCCAAGAGGAGGAGGAGGCGGAGGUCCAAGCGGAAAGAUAAAGUAAGCAUAUUGUCAACCUUCCUCGCUCCUUUCAAGCACCUGAGUCCUGGCAUCACAAACACGGAGGAUGACGACACCCUCAGUACCAGCAGCGCGGAGGUGAAGGAGAACCGCAACGUGGGCAACCUGGCCGCGCGGCCACCGCCCUCCGGGGACCGGGCCCGGGGCGGCGCGCCCGGCGCGAAGAGGAAGCGGCCGCUGGAGGAGGGGAAUGGGGGCCACUUGUGCAAACUGCAGCUGGUCUGGAAGAAGCUGUCGUGGUCGGUGGCGCCCAAGAACGCGCUGGUGCAGCUGCACGAGCUGAGGCCGGGCCUGCAGUACCGGACAGUGUCGCAGACGGGCCCGGUGCAUGCCCCGGUCUUCGCGGUAGCGGUGGAGGUGAACGGGCUCACGUUCGAGGGCACAGGCCCCACCAAGAAGAAGGCCAAGAUGCGCGCGGCGGAGCUGGCACUCAGGUCCUUCGUGCAGUUCCCCAACGCCUGCCAGGCGCACCUGGCCAUGGGCGGGGGCCCAGGCCCCGGCACGGACUUCACCUCCGACCAGGCCGAUUUCCCCGACACGCUCUUCCAGGAGUUCGAGCCCCCGGCGCCGCGCCCCGGACUCGCGGGAGGCCGCCCCGGGGACGCCGCGCUUCUGUCCGCGGCCUAUGGUCGACGGCGGCUGCUGUGCCGCGCGCUGGACCUGGUGGGCCCGACCCCCGCCACCCCCGCGGCCCCGGGCGAGCGCAACCCCGUGGUGCUGCUGAACCGCCUGCGCGCCGGGCUGCGCUACGUGUGUCUGGCAGAACCGGCCGAGCGGCGCGCGCGGAGCUUCGUGAUGGCCGUGAGCGUGGACGGCAGGACGUUCGAGGGCUCGGGACGCAGCAAGAAGCUGGCCCGGGGUCAGGCCGCACAGGCCGCACUGCAGGCGCUCUUCGACAUCCAGAUGCCCGGCCACGCGCCCGGCAGGGCCAGGAGGACGCCAAUGCCACAGGAAUUCGCAGACUCCAUAUCCCAGCUGGUCACACAGAAGUUCCGCGAGGUGACGACGGACCUCACGCCCAUGCACGCCCGCCAUAAAGCGCUGGCAGGAAUCGUCAUGACCAAAGGCCUGGAUGCUCGGCAGGCGCAGGUCGUGGCCCUGUCCUCGGGGACCAAGUGCAUCAGCGGCGAGCACCUCAGUGACCAGGGGCUGGUGGUGAAUGACUGCCACGCGGAGGUCGUGGCCCGGCGGGCGUUCCUGUACUUCCUCUACACGCAGCUGGAGCUGCACCUGAGCAAGCGGCGCGAGGACUCAGAGCGAUCGAUAUUCGUGCGGUUAAAAGAAGGUGGCUACCGGCUGCGAGAAAACAUCCUCUUCCAUCUCUACGUGAGCACCUCCCCCUGUGGAGACGCAAGACUCCACUCUCCCUACGAGAUCACCACAGACCUGCACAGCAGCAAACACCUCGUCAGGAAGUUCCGCGGGCACCUGCGCACCAAGAUCGAGUCCGGGGAAGGGACGGUCCCCGUGCGUGGCCCCAGCGCAGUGCAGACCUGGGACGGCGUCCUGCUGGGGGAGCAGCUCAUCACCAUGUCCUGCACGGACAAGAUCGCCAGGUGGAACGUCCUGGGGCUGCAGGGCGCGCUCCUGUCCCACUUCGUGGAGCCCGUGUACCUGCAGAGCAUCGUGGUGGGCAGCCUGCACCACACGGGCCACCUCGCACGCGUCAUGAGCCACCGCAUGGAGGGUGUCGGCCAGCUGCCCGCCUCCUACCGGCACAACCGGCCUCUCCUCAGCGGCGUGAGUGACGCCGAGGCGCGCCAGCCGGGGAAGUCGCCCCCCUUCAGCAUGAACUGGGUCGUGGGCAGUGCGGACCUGGAGAUUAUCAACGCCACCACUGGGCGGAGGAGCUGUGGGGGCCCGUCCCGGCUCUGCAAGCACGUGCUGUCUGCACGGUGGGCGCGGCUGUAUGGCAGGCUGAGCACACGGACACCCAGCCCCGGAGACACGCCCUCCAUGUACUGUGAGGCCAAGCUGGGGGCGCACACCUACCAGUCUGUGAAACAGCAGCUGUUCAAGGCCUUUCAGAAGGCUGGCCUGGGCACCUGGGUGAGGAAACCACCGGAGCAGCAGCAGUUUCUACUGACUCUCUAGGCUGCGGGCUCCUGGCUGCUGGAGCUGAGCGGGACGUUGGAGGGAUGGGACCGUGUCUGGGGGGCGACGUGGCGGGUCGGCCGGUUCCCUGCAUUCGUUUUACUUUGGUUCCCAGAAACACGCGAGUGUGCAAUGUUUGGACAAGCAACGACACAAAUUCAGAACGUGCCUCUUCCCAGAUCGCUGGCCCCAGAACCCUGUCCCCCACACCCAGGGGCACACGCACUGUUGAGUUAGCGCCGACUCUUCCUGUGGAGUCUGAGGGAGGGGCUCCAUUUAGGCAAAGAGGUUUUAGCUGCAGCCUUGGAAGGAGGCACCGACACGACACCAGGCAGGAGUGAGCCUCAGGCCCCGUCCCUGCACCCCACCCCUGCGUGCGCCUCUUGGUGAUGCUGGGGUCUCACUAGCUUGAGGGGGCACAUGAAGAUAAGCCACAAAUGAAGAGAAAAGCCAUGCCUACCCCAGCCCCAGAGAAACCAAUAAGAAUCCUCUAUUAUUUUCACUAUUCAUUUAGGUUUUUAUACUCCACCUCCUUUCAAAAAACAUUUAAGAUGUACGACAUUACCGAACACCUAAAAUAGAACCAGAGAAACGAAAGCCAUUCCCACAAAGUGAAGGAACAGUUUCCAAAACCCCUGCGAGGCAGAGUUAAGACCUGUGACGUGGGGAGCCUGGAAACACCCGGCCCACGCGUGCUGCAGAUGUGGGGAGCCUGGAAACACCCGGCCCACGCGUGCUGCAGAUGUGGGGAGUCUGGAAACACCCGGCCCACGCGUGCUGUAGAUGUGGGGAGCCUGGAAACACCCGGCCCACGCGUGCUGCAGAUGUGGGGAGUCUGGAAACACCCGGCCCACGCGUGCUGUAGAUGUGGGGAGCCUGGAAACACCUGGCCCACGCGUGCUGCAGGUGUGGGGAGCCCGGAAACACCUGGCCCAUGCCUGUUCAGUCCGUCAUGGCGUUUGGUUUAUGGUGGCCGAUACUAAGAGCCACUGAGGUCUGGGUUGUGUAAGGGUUAGCUACCACCCUAUAACCUCCCUACCAGGUAAUAUGGAGACCAAGUCUUUGAUCAAAUUCUGAUUUUUUAACUAAAUUUUCGUUAGAAAGCAAGCACAAAAUAAAAUCAAAACAACCUUUACCUUCA